GGUUGAGGCUGCCGAGCUGCUAUAUAUAGGGGCAAGACGGCCCAUAUGGAGCAUACUAAUUCCAGCCAGGCCACACGAAACCCACAACGUAGCAGACACUGCCGCUAGCUGCUCGCAGUCCAUAAGCCAUGGAGAAUACAGCACCACACCCUUCAUGCAUCGGCCCACCAGCAUCCAUGCCGGCCGGCGAGAGCAGCUGGGGGAUGCACUUUGCAGACUUCGCGGCGUCGUCAGCGCACGGCAACCAGGACGACAUGGGUCGUCAGGGAGGAACGAUAUCUGACAGUAGCUUCUCCUAUGACUACUCCUACUCCUUUGCCUCCCUGUGCGACGGCUCCCGCUCGGCCUCCUUCAUCACAUCCGACCUGAUGGACGAUCAGGAGGAGGAGGAGGACGAUGAUUCUUUGCAGGACACUGCUUCUUCUUCCGCGGCCGGCCCUAAGGCUGCCAACAUCAACGUUGUUUACAUGAAGUCAAUGAUAACCAUGGAUACAAAAGAGAUGAACACCCCACAACUUGCCAACUAUUUUCUUGGUGCACGUUCAAGGCAGCAGGCCACUGGUGCGCUUCAAGAAUCGAUCAUUGGUGCAGAUAACAACGAGAAACAAUUGACUGAGUGUAACGAUCUGAGGAAGAAAGGGCUUUGCCUGGUCCCUUUCUCCUUGUUGAUAGACUACCUAGGAUGAUUACCAUUCAUGUACUGCAAGA